AUCUUGAACAUUCGUCGUCCUCGCCCGCUCCCCAACCAUUAACGACGGCAUGGAGAAGAGCACUGGCGGCGCUAAUGGCGGAGAGGCGGCGGAGGAGGCGAAGGUGCCUCUGCUGCAGCCAAGGGCGGCGGCAGUAGGAGGCGGAGGAGGAGACAGCAAGGCGGCGGCGGAGGAGGAGGACAGGGCGGCGGUGGCAGCGGAGGACGCGUCGUGGUCGACGCUGCCGCUGCGGCGGCGCGCGUGGGAGGAGAACAAGAAGCUGUGGGUGGUGGCGGGGCCGUCCAUCUUCACGCGCUUCGCGUCCUUCGGCGUCACCGUCAUCAGCCAGGCCUUCAUCGGACACAUCGGCGCCACCGAGCUCGCCGCCUACGCACUCGUCUCCACCGUCCUCAUGAGGUUCAGCAACGGCAUCCUGCUGGGCAUGGCAAGUGCGCUGGAGACACUAUGUGGGCAAUCCUACGGCGCGAAGCAGUACCACAUGCUGGGGAUCUACCUGCAGCGGUCCUGGAUCAUCCUCUUCGCCUGCUCCGUCGUCCUUCUUCCAGUCUACCUCUUCACGGAGCCACUGCUAGUGGCGCUGGGCCAGGACCCGGAGAUCUCGGCGGUGGCGGGGACCAUCUCGCUGUGGUACAUCCCCGUCAUGUUCUCCUACGUCUGGGCAUUCACGCUGCAGAUGUACCUGCAGGCGCAGAGCAAGAACAUGAUCAUCACCUACCUCGCCGUGCUCAACCUCGGCCUCCACCUCGUCCUGUCCUGGCUCCUGGCCGUCAGGCUCCAGCUCGGCCUCGCGGGUGUCAUGGGGUCCAUGGUCAUCGCCAUGUGGAUCCCCGUGUUUGGGCAGCUCGCCUUUGUCUUCUUUGGUGGUUGCCCUCUCACGUGGACAGGCUUCUCGUCUGCUGCGUUUGCUGACCUUGGUGCCAUCAUCAAGCUCUCGCUAUCUUCUGGUGUCAUGCUCUGUUUGGAAUUGUGGUACAACACCAUAUUGGUGCUCCUCACAGGAUACAUGAAGAAUGCAGAGAUUGCACUGGAUGCCCUUUCGAUAUGCCUUAAUAUCAACGGUUGGGAGAUGAUGGUUUCUAUUGGCUUUUUGGCUGCAGCAGGAGUGCGAGUGGCAAAUGAGCUUGGAGCUGGAAGCGCAAGGAGGGCCAAGUUUGCGAUUUACAAUGUCGUCAUCAUUUCUUUCUCGAUCGGAUUUGUGUUGUUUGUGCUCUUCCUUUUCUUCCGUGGAAGCCUUGCCUACAUAUUUACUGAAAGUCAAGCGGUAGCUAAAGCAGUCGCCGACCUUUCGCCUCUGCUAGCCUUCUCCAUAUUGUUGAACAGUGUUCAACCAGUGCUAUCAGGUGUCGCUGUUGGUGCGGGCUGGCAAAGUGUAGUCGCCUAUGUUAAUGUUACGUCAUACUACCUGAUUGGCAUUCCUCUUGGAGCAGUCCUGGGCUAUGUGGUGGGGCUUCAUGUAAAGGGCAUUUGGAUCGGAAUGCUGCUUGGAACACUAGUCCAAACUAUUGUGCUUCUCUUCAUAACGUUAAGGACUGACUGGGAAAAACAGGUGGUGACUGCUCAAGAGAGACUAAAGAAAUGGUACAUGGAAGAGAAUAGAAGACUGCAGGCCUCUAGGAGAAAUCCUUGAGCCAGCCCUUCAAAGCUGGGCUUUUGCAGGUUGUUAACACAUUUACUAGGCACCUUGAGUCGCUUUGGCAGAUACUAUGAUUUUGUAUCCACCAUCACUAUCAGCAGCAGUAGGAAAGAAAAAAAAAACAUUGUGUUAUUUGCCAGUGGCAAGCCAUAUGUGAGAGAGCCUCAUAUGUUGGCUAAGUGCGAGUUUUGGCUCAGUUUUGGGCGUAUGCUAAUGUUCUAAUCAGAGCAGUGGUUGAGGUUUGGGAUAUCCAUAACUGUAACUGUGUCUGUAAAUUUUCUUAUAACUAGUUGGUGUUGGGCAUGUGAAUCCAUUGAGCUGUUGUUCUUGUUUACCUACCUUUUGUUGACUUCAAAUAUGUAAUCCUACUUAUUUUGGCCAAAUGAAAUGGACGAGCAUGGUGUGCAUAGUUUUGCAA